UUACAUACAGCCGAGAAGGAGAGCUCGCGACGUUACGUAGUCGCCAUUUUGUUUCACCGGGAGUAAAGAAACCCUCCUGAAUAGCACCGGCCAGAACAUUUUCCUUUAUUUGAAGAAAAUUUAACACGGCGGAUCAGCAUCGUGCACCCAAGUUUAGAUUCGCAUGAUGUCUGGAGACAUGGCCACAGAUCAUGUGAACGGGAAUGGUACGGAGGAACCAAUGGACACUACUGCAGAGGUGACCCGUUCAGAACACUUUCCUGCUUUACUGGAAGCCGGUCUACCUCAGAAUGUUGCUGAGAAGCUAGAUGAACUUUACGUAGCAGGCCUAGUAGCACAUAGUGACCUAGACGAAAGGGCUAUUGAAGCUUUGAAAGAAUUCAAUGAGGAGGGAGCCCUGCAAGUGCUGGUCCAGUUCAAAGAGAGUGAUCUGUCACACGUGCAAAACAAAAGUGCCUUUCUGUGUGGAGUAAUGAAGACUUACAGACAGCGAGAGAAACAAGGAACUAAAGUUUCAGAUUCCACUAAAGGACCAGAUGAGGCUAAAAUCAAAGAACUCCUGGACAGAACCAACUACACACUUGACGUUACAACAGGCCAGCGAAAGUAUGGCGGGCCCCCGCCUGAGUCAGUGUACUCAGGUGCCCAACCCAAUGUUGGAACAGAGAUAUUUGUUGGGAAGAUUCCCCGUGACUUGUUUGAAGAUGAGCUGGUUCCUCUCUUUGAGAAGGCGGGGCCUAUUUGGGACCUCAGACUAAUGAUGGACCCAUUGAGUGGCCUGAACAGGGGCUAUGCCUUUGUCACGUUCUGCACUAAAGAAGCAGCCCAGGAGGCGGUUAAGCUGUGCAAUAAUCAUGAGAUUCGCCCCGGGAAACACAUCGGAGUGUGUAUAUCUGUAGCCAACAACAGGCUAUUCGUUGGCUCCAUUCCCAAGAGUAAAACAAAGGAGCAGAUUGUUGAAGAGUUUGGGAAAGUCACAGAGGGCCUCAGCGAUGUCAUACUGUACCAUCAACCCGAUGACAAAAAGAAGAACAGAGGCUUCUGCUUCCUGGAGUAUGAAGACCACAAAACAGCUGCUCAGGCUCGUCGUCGGCUAAUGAGUGGCAAGGUGAAGGUUUGGGGCAACGUUGUGACAGUGGAGUGGGCCGAUCCCAUUGAAGAUCCAGACCCAGAGGUCAUGGCCAAGGUGAAGGUUUUAUUUGUUAGAAACCUUGCCAAUGGUGUUACAGAGGAGAUUCUGGAGACAUCUUUUAGUCAGUUUGGAAAACUGGAACGAGUUAAGAAGCUCAAAGACUAUGCUUUCAUUCACUUUGAAGAGAGGGAUGGUGCAGUGAAGGCAUUGGAAGAAAUGAAUGGGAAGGAGCUGGAGGGAGAGCCUAUUGAGAUUGUCUUUGCCAAACCACCAGAUCAGAAAAGGAAAGAGCGCAAAGCCCAGAGACAAGCAGCCAAAACACAAAUGUAUGAUGAUUAUUACUACUAUCCUCCACCUCCUCACAUGCCACCUCCUGCCAGAGGCCGGGGCAGAGGUGGCAACCGGGGUGGCUAUUCAUACCCCCCUGACUACUAUGGUUAUGAGGACUACUAUGACUACUAUGGCUAUGACUAUCACAACUACCGUGGAGGAUACGAUGACCCGUACUAUGGCUAUGACGACUUCCAGGCCCCGGGACGAGGGCGGGGUGGCAACAGGGGCACCAGGGGCGGAGCCUCUCCAGCCAGGGGACGUGGUGGCGCCGGGGCACCCAGGGGCAGAGCCAACUUCUCCCAGCGUGGUGGACUAGGACCAGGCCGUGGCGGGCGGGGAGCAAGAGGAGGCGUGCAGCCAAGAGGGCGAGGAGGGGUACGUGGUGCUCGGGGUGGCCGCGGUGGAAAUGUAGGAGGAAAGCGCAAAGCUGAUGGGUACAACCAGCCAGAUUCCAAGCGUCGCCAGACCAAUAAUCAGAACUGGGGCUCUCAACCCAUUGCUCAGCAACCGCUCCAAGGUGGUGAUCAUUCUGCAGGGAAAAGGGGUCGAGGCCGGUCCUGAUGUGUCGCUAUGAAGACUGACCAGUGUAUGGCGGUACACACUGCAGGCUGCCAGUGGAUGGAAUGGUAAGGUCAUCUGACUCAGUGGUCCAAUGGCAUUCCAGCCUUUUUUUUAAGGAGCAGAUCUCCUGAAACUGCCACGUUUGAAGAUAAUCAGAAGAGCAAAUGUUAAGCUUAAACACUUGACUGUUUUAAGCCCCAAAUAUGCCAUUUGAGACUUGCUGAGUUGGAGUUCAUGAUGGACAUCCUUCUGGAAAAGUCUUUGCACUUUUUUUGUUUGGAGUGGUUUAGUGGAACUUGAUGCUAUUUUUUUGUUUGUUUGUUUGUUUGUUUGAGCUCUUAAACUACAUCUUUAUGAUGGACUAGUUGUGAUAUUCUAUGAUCAUCAGAGUGUUGAGGUGUGAUCAUCUGGUGUUGGAAGGGCAGGCAUUCCAGGAAAAUGGUUCUCUAAGAACCGAAGCCACCAAGGGUCCGUUAACUACCUCAGUUUCGAGGACUCGCCUGCUCUGCCCUUUUUGUACUGAGGCAGGGUUCGCCCACCUCCCCCCUCUCCCCUGAAACACUAUCCCCAGCCCUGACUCCUCCCCAGAUAUGCACAGGCAACAACAAACAGCACUUAAUGAAUUUUAGUUCUCAGCCGAGACUUGAUGUAGGCUACAGCUGCUGUAGGCAUGUUAGCUGGUCCUCCUGAAGUGAGCCUGAACAAGCUUUGCUGUCUUGAAACAUGAACUGAGUGAUGAUGUAGUUUACAGACAAAUUGUCUUAUAACUGUUUUGUUUUUUUUGUAAAAUCUUAAAGGAACAGUUUGCCCAAAAUGGAAGUCAGCUGUUACCUACUCAACCCCUGUCAAGUUUCGUAGUCCACAAAGCAGUGUCGCAGCAUUCUCCUAAACAUCUGUAGUAGUGCGGACUUGUUUCAAAAGCCUAACUUAAGCUGGAAAACAUUACAUGGCUCCAUACAGCUCGUCUGGUGUAAUCUAAGCCUCCAAAAGCCGAGAGUACCAAAAUUGGUUUGAAGAGAUGUUUUUAACCCCCUGAACGUACCGUCGACCUCGUGCACCAAUUUCAGACUGGCUUGGCAGCUGCAGUGGAGAUCUUGGUUUUUUGGCACUCACAAACAUGAUGGCCGUGUAUUAUUCUAAAUGUCAAACCACCUAUAAUGGCUUAAUUAUAAUUUAAGCUCAAGAGAUACACGUCAAAUUGUAGCAGCCACAAGAUCUACAAGAUCUUUAUUUUUCCACAAGAUCCAUGCAUAUUCCCGGAGAAAUUAUUUUAAAAAGGUCAGAAAACACUCAACCCUAACCCUAACCAAAAGUGAAUGGGGUCUAUUCGGGGCUGAGACCCAUCCUCCAUCAAAGUUUCUCUGAAUUCGUUCAGUAGUUUUUGCGUAAUCCUUUCGACAAACCAACCAACAAAUGUGUGACAACAUAACCUUCUUGGUGGAGAAAAUGUUAUCUUUUGAAAUCGGUUGGGAAAUCAGGGCUUCUGGAGACUUUGAUUAUGCUGGACGAGCUGUAUGUAGCCAUUAUAAAUUGAAGCUGGUCCCCAGCUACCUCAGCUGUUGAAGAAUGCUUUUUAGAAUGCUGCCACGCUGUUUUGCUGUGAAGCUCCAGAAAUGUUUGGUGGACUACAAGACUUCACCUGAAUCUCCUUCUGCAUGGGGGAGGAGAUAAUGACUGAAUAUUUGGGUGAACUUGUACUUUAAGUACCUGGAAACCAGUAAUCCUUUGUCUUCCAUGAUGGGAAAAGUGUCGUAUUUUUUGUUUUUGUUUGCACCCUUCAUUGUAAGGAUGUUUGUGAUGUUUCAGGCUGUUUGCUUUGCACAAACAUCGAAAUGAAUCACCACUGACAUCCAGUGAAGCUGCCUUUUUAUUUAGGUUCUCUACGCAGGACUGGAAGAAAGUACAUACAUUUCCAGCUCCUGAAAAGUUUAAGAAUCAAACUGGUAUAGAAAGCAUUUUCAUCGCAAAAGCAUGAUUAUUUACAUUGUAUGUCAUUAUAGACUGAUUAUCAUGCCAUGUACUUUUUUGUGACAAAUUGUUGGAUGAACUGGUGUUAAUUCAUGUUUUCUCACUAUCGGUGUACACAUACUGGAAGUCAAAAUGUUAAGAAUUUAAAGGAGAAAAUCCAUCCUGAUGUAAGGGAAAAUAACUGAUGUUGGUUGUGAAUCUUAUUUUUGUACACUUCUAGUUUUAAGGACUGUAGUUAUACACAUACAGAGUACUGUUAAAGAUACUUCUACACAAGUUAAUACAGACUUCCAAAACAUUCGGGAGCGUAAGAUCAGUCUGGUUAUGUUCUGUAUUGUCAUUGUCAACAAAUUUUGUGAAGACCAAAACCAACAAUGUGUUAGUCUGUCACCAAAUACAGAGACAGAGUCUCGACCCUUCUGGUGUGCCCCACAGGAUCUUACUUUAGAAUGGUUUGUUCAGUAGUGAAUGGGGAGAGACAUGCACUUUUGAUAUGGAUCCUGUCAAUUUAAAAGAUAUUGGAAUGUCGAGAAAGUUGCAGUUUGUUGUGAAGAUGGUAAGACACCAUUUACUUUUGUGCGAAAAGGCUCAGUGAGCUACAUUGUCUCGCCCAGCGUACGUCGCACAACACCAACAUGGCCACCACCUCGGCACAGAAUUAUUUUUUUUUUAAAGUUGAAGAUUGCAGCAAGUAGUCAAAUUACAAAUAUACAUUUCAAAUAGUCACCGUCUGUUGAGUGUACUCUUUCUGAUGACAUAUUUACUGCAACCUGUGUCUUGAAAUUGACUUUUUUUUUUUUCUAAAGUAAGAUCCCCUUGUGAUCCACCAGAAUGGACGGGACUUUAUGCCUUUAUACUUUAUGACUUCCUGUCUGUGGUUCUGAGCUUCAUGUCUGUUGGUUCCUACUGAAGAUACUGAUUUUAAACGCAAUUGGUUUGAUUUGAAAAAAAAAAAAAAGGUUCAGCAGGUCCCUCAACAGCUGCUCACUGUAGUUUUUUAUGAAACAUACAGGAGGGAAUAUUGCAUUUGUCUGGGACUAUCUUAGAGUUAGAUUCACAUAAUAAUCCAGUUUUUAGUACAGGACAUAGCCAUGGCUGUGUUAUAGAAAAACAUAGGAAUUUCAGGAAAUCACAGAAUAAAACCUUUUUUAAACGUACUUCACAAAGUAACAGACAUGCAUGGUUUUUAAUGUUGAAAGUGAUUAAGGUUGGAUUUCUCCUUUAAGCUCUUGUUAAACAUCAUUAGUGCAUAGAAAUAAAUCUUUUUGCCUUUUUGUGACAUUUGACAUGAAAUGCAGUGUCUUGAAUCUAACUCAUAUUUAGAGUUCUUACAGGUCAGAAAAGGAUUGUGCAGCUUGUUCUUUCUCUUUUUACCGGGUUUGUGAAAAAGAGCCUGAUGACUUUUUUUUUUUUUUUUUUGUACUAGUAUUGACUCUGUUGGAU